AUGGGUCUGGUGAGCCUCUGCGUCUCAAGCCUGGCGUUAGCCGGUAUAGUUGCUGCCCAGAAUGCCAGCUUGACUCAAGACAAUAAAAUUUCCACAGAUGGACUCGUCUCCAAUAGCUCCAGGUUCAACACGAUUCUACCCGUGGACAAUAGAACUUACGGCCCUCCAGUAGAGGAAGUCCAUUAUUUUUACAAAUACUGGCCGAUCUGCAUCGCCGUGUCCAGCACCACUAGAAUCUUUGUCUGUUACACCCAGGGGGACUACGAAUAUACCGUUGCGGAAGUCAACAGCACGACUUCAGAGAUACCUUUCCCAUCUGCCGGUUUGAACUUGCCUUCUGAUAGACUCAACACCACUCUCGAUGGGAUCGAGUUCGGAAGUGCGAAUUCCACAGGCCUGAUCAGCAAUCUCUACCGCGGUCCCACCGCAAACUUGCUGUUACAAGACAGGCAAAGCCUACUUGUCGAACAGGCUGCUUCCAACAACGUCUCCUGGCUCGGCCACCGCGGAGGCGAGGCCAACGGCUUUAAAGGCGAUGGUCGGGGUCUGAUCUACAUGCUCAUGCCCACCCACAACGCGGUCUACUGCUAUGACCCAGCAGACCUGCAGGUUCACGGAUUCAUAAGAGUUCCUAGGAUUGUCUGGCCCGACGGCGCGACAGUCGCGGAAGAUGGUUACUUCUACGUUAUUAUCAAUUAG